ACAGACCAGUGGGUCAUGUACUCACAGUUUUCUUUUAUUGAGAACAUUCCCAGAGUGAUUUUCUUUCUUUUUUUUUCCUUUUUAGGAACAAAACAUUACCCUUUGAUUUGUACUGCCUCCUUCCACACGAAUGCCCCUUUGGCCAAAGAAGAUUAUUACCAGAUAUUAGGAGUGCCUCGAAAUGCCAGCCAGAAAGAGAUCAAGAAAGCCUAUUAUCAGCUUGCCAAGAAGUAUCACCCCGACACAAAUCAGGAUGAUCCCAAAGCCAAGGAGAAGUUCUCGCAGCUGGCAGAAGCCUAUGAGGUUUUGAGUGAUGAGGUGAAGAGGAAGCAGUACGAUGCCUACGGCGCUGCAGGCUUCGAUUCUGGGGCCAGCGGCUCCCAGCAUAGCUACUGGAAGGGAGGCCCCACUGUGGACCCCGAGGAGCUGUUCAGGAAGAUCUUUGGGGAGUUCUCAUCCUCUUCGUUUGGAGAUUUCCAGACUGUGUUUGAUCAGCCUCAGGAAUACAUCAUGGAGUUGACAUUCAAUCAAGCUGCAAAGGGGGUCAACAAGGAGUUCACCGUGAACAUCAUGGACACCUGUGAGCGCUGCAACGGCAAGGGGAACGAGCCCGGCACCAAGGUGCAGCACUGCCACUACUGCGGUGGCUCCGGCAUGGAAACCAUCAACACAGGCCCUUUUGUGAUGCGUUCCACGUGUAGGAGAUGUGGUGGCCGCGGCUCCAUCAUCAUAACGCCUUGUGUGGUCUGCAGGGGAGCAGGACAAGCCAAGCAGAAAAAGCGAGUGAUGGUCCCUGUGCCUGCAGGAGUCGAGGAUGGCCAGACCGUGAGGAUGCCUGUGGGGAAAAGGGAAAUUUUCAUCACGUUCAGGGUGCAGAAAAGCCCUGUGUUCCGGAGGGACGGCGCAGACAUCCACUCCGACCUCUUUAUUUCUAUAGCUCAAGCUCUUCUUGGGGGGACAGCCAGAGCCCAGGGCCUGUACGAGACGAUCAACCUGACGAUCCCCCCUGGGACUCAGACAGACCAGAAGAUUCGGAUGGGUGGGAAAGGCAUCCCCCGGAUUAACAGCUACGGCUACGGAGACCACUACAUCCACAUCAAGAUACGAGUUCCAAAGAGGCUAACGAGCCGGCAGCAGAACCUGAUCCUGAGCUACGCCGAGGACGAGACAGAUGUGGAGGGGACGGUGAAUGGCGUCACACUCACCAGCUCUGGUGGCAGCUCCAUGGAUAGCUCCGCAGGAAGCAAGGCUAGGCGUGAGGCUGGGGAGGACGAGGAGGGAUUCCUUUCCAAACUUAAGAAAAUGUUUACCUCCUGAUAUCCCCGCUGAGGAAAAAGAUCCACUGGAAACUAGACCAAGAAGCAGCAGGCCCUCUCAGGGCCAGGGCACCUGGGAGACCAGAGGAUUCCAGAACAGCAGCACUGAGCUCCCACCCGCACAGCCUCUGGACGGCCUUGACAACAGCGAAAUCAUGGGACAACACCUCUCUCCACAGAAAGGUCACAGUGGACAGCCCGGGCAGUAGGAUGCAGCCCCGAAGGCUGGUGGCAGUUUCCUGUCCAUGGGUAGGUGGCGGCCCCUGGCUCAGGCAGAGGGAGGCGGUUAGACUCUUGUAGGGCUAAAACUCUAAUUUGGAAUUGAAUGUUGUGGAGAUCUUAAUUAAAGGCCAUGCUUACAGCUUAGAAAUGAAGCCUUAAGCGGCACCAAGUUACAAAGUGAUUAAUUUCCUUCUCAGCAAACCUCCAGGAGGUUCCAGAAUGAGUUCUUCCUCACAGGUUGUCUUCAUGGGAGCCUGGGGCCCCCAGGCCCCACCAGCACCGUCCUCCCCUGAUGAGGGGCCCUGCUGAGGCGUCAGCUGCUCUGCUCAGUUAGUCUUUAUUCCCGGGGUACCAAGCAGCUGCACACUCAGGGCCUGGGAGGCACAUAGAGGCCCAGAGAGUCCCUGGGGGUUCUGCUCCUGACCGUGUGGGUGGUGGUGAUCCUUAUCCGGAUGGACAGUCCUUGCUCCCACCCCAUCCAGGAUGGCCGCCUGUCCCUGACCAUGGAGUCCUGUUGUUGUAAGCCAGGCAUGGAAGGCUCCUGCCCUUCUGCUGAGCCACAGCCCUCUGCAGCACUGUGCUGGCCAGAUUUCAGCUGCCUUGGGAACUGAAGCCCUGCCACUGUUGCUAGCCAGGGGCUUGGUUCUCCCACUUACACUGUUGACAUCUAUUUUCUGAAGUGUGUUUAAAUUAUUCAGUGCUAAUCAUUGUUUUUUCCUGUGUAAAUGUUGAUUCAGAAAAGGAAAGCACAGGCUAAGCAGUUAAAGGGUCCCCACCAUUCAGCCAGAGCAGAACCCCCAUUCCCCAGCCUCUGCUGGUAGCAUGUCGCAGUUUCCAUGUGUUUCAGGAUCCUCGGGCUGUCGUCAGACAGGUUAAUGAAGAAACAUUUCUCAAUAGUUUCCUUUUUGUUUUCCUUUAUAAUUCACUAAAAUAAAGCAUCUAUUAGUGUCUGAUUUAGGAAUGUAAAAUGAUUCUGUAUUAAUGUAAAUAAGAUUAUCUAUUGCAAAAAGAUAUUUAAAACCUAAA